AUCUUCUCUAUUCAAUCAUGUCUCAUCCCAAUAUUUUCCAUAAAAAGUUCAAUGCAAUUCCUUUUAUCCCUCAUUUAGCUAAGAAUGUGAAUCAUCAGCAUCACCAUCAAGUGAUAACUUGUGAGAUUCCAUUGGAUUUAACAUCUACUAAUUCACCAUUUACUAAUUCAUCGCCAUCAUCAACUCCACAAUCAGGCACUUCUUUCUCAUCUCCAUCAAAUUCAUCUCGAGAACCACCGACUCCCAGUCCACCGACUGAAGAAAUGGAGAUUUCUUCUGAUCCAAUUGCUCCAAUUGCUCCAUUCCAACCAAGCCAAUCGAUUGGUCGAUCCAAGGGUCGAUCUCGAUCUCGAAUCAGUUCCCAGUCCAAGACUCAAUCUCAAUCUCAGUCUCAGUCCUUGAACCAAUCUCAAUCUCAAGAGGAUAAAUUUAAUGUUCAACAAGGAGAAUCAUCAUCUUCAUCCUCUUCAUCUUCAUCAUCAUCUAAUACUCCAGACGGAAUACAACAACCGACAACACCAACAAAAGAAGGAGAAACAUCCCAAGAACAAGAUCAAUCGACAAACGAAGCGACUCAAUCGAAUGGCCGUAAAAAGAAAGGUGAACCCACACCGGCUCAUCUGAAGGACGAAAACUAUUGGAAAAGGCGAGAAAAGAAUAACGAAUCGGCGAAAAAGUCUCGCGACAAAUUGAAAAAGAAACAAUUGGAAAACGAAAAGUUAAUCGGAAAACUGACCAAAGAAUUGGAAGCUCUUCAUGUGCAAAAUGCUGCGUUGACCCUCGAGAUUAAACACUUGGUCCAUUUGCUUUCGGAUCGAGAUCCUGAGCGAUACAAUUUAUAUCAAGCGAUGGAUUGUACAUUCGGUGGGAAUUUGAAUUUAUCGAAAACAAAGUGAUCGACUUUCUUUCUCUUUAUGGAAAAAGUGAUGAGGAUAAUUUGCUUUUUCGCCCUCUUUUAUUAAUUGAAUGAAAUUUUGGAGAUUAUCAAUGAUCUUCUAAUUGAAUAAAAAGAUAUUUUCAGCAAUAAAAAAGGAGAUUAAUUAAGAUCAUUAAGCUGAUCACUUUGAACUUAAUUCUUCUUGAAUUUAAACUUUUUGUCUCUGGCUUGUAACAAUAAACAUCUUAUCUGACCAUUUGGAAAAUUCAAUUUAAAUCAAGUUUUAUCAACAAACGGAAAAAGAAUUGAUGUAAAUUUUUCCAGUUCCAAUGGUCAGUUAAUCUAUUUUUGUAAAUCAAUCAAAACGAAUACAUGAAAUUGCAUAUGUUUAUUCCGAUGUCGAUGUCGAUGGUGGUGGUGAUCGCCAUUGGUCAUU